GGCACAGCACCGCAGCACGCGGCGGGCCCGCGCACCGCUCGCGGCUCGCCGCCGCCCGCCAUGGCCGACAUGCCAGACCUCUCGCAUCUUACUCCUGAGGAGCGCGCCAUCAUCGAAGGCGUCAUGAUGCGACAGCGCCAGGAGGAACAGCGCGAGCACGAGAUCAUGAGACGUAAGCAAGAUGAAGUUACGGUGCUUGAGCAGACGAUCCGGACUCGGAAUGAAAUGCACCGCGCAGCUGGUGUAGAGCUCGCUGCAACUUGUCAUAUCUGCCUCAAGACUAAGUUCGCGGACGGCGUCGGCCACUCGUGCCACUACUGCCGCGUGAGGUGCUGCGCCAGAUGUGGCGGCAAAGUUACUCUUCGUUCUAACAAGGUUAUAUGGGUAUGUAUAUUGUGCCGCAAGAAACAAGAAUUAUUAUCUAAAACUGGACAAUGGAUCCACAAGAGUGCUGGACAAGAUUCUAUGUUAUGGCGCAUGGAGAAUGAUCUCCGAGGUUUACCACCACAACCUGACGGGUCAUUCGAUAAAAGACCGAAACUAGAGAGGGCGCACAGUGCCGCGGAAAAAGAAAACCUCCCACUUCAAAGGUCAGGUAGUGCUCUCCGUCGCCAAUAUAGUCAACAAGACCAACGAUGUUAUGGGGAACUAGAAGGACUGGCUAGAACGCAUCCACAUUUAGUUCAUCCGAGACAAAAGGCUGCAUACGGAGUAGUCGAGACAGGAGCACCUCCCACAUCCCAGUUACUGCCGCUUACGCCAGCGUCACAUCCCCUUCUUCCGCCUCGGUCUUCCUCGUCCGAUGACGAAGCUCCAGAAUGCGUUUCCGAUGAAAACGACGAGUAUCGAGAUCGGGGACAACUAGAGGCAUGUGCUCCAGUUCGGCACCCACAUCUGCGUAGCGCCAACGUGGCUGCCAACAAUUAUUACAAUUUGAUUAAUCAUUCGCCGGCCGAUUACGAGGCUGAGGCUCGCGCUCAAUUCGACGUGCCGAGGACCGGGCCAUCAGGUGGACGCAGCUUUGAUUCUGUGACCGAUUGCCGGUGGCGGGCCCGAGACGAUGGCGAAGGUGCGUACCUUCGGCCAUAUGCACCAGAAGAAGGCCCGCGCCCAGACCGAGCUGUAUAUAAGAGUGCCUAUUUGUGGGAAGACUCCUCAGACAAUAGACGGUUCACUGAGAGGAGAAAAAAGACCGUUCGCUUUGACGGGCACGAAGGCGCCGCGACAUUUCCGCGGGGCGGGCGUGACGCGUCUGGCGCGCCGCACGACUGGGCGGCGCUGCGCUGGGAGCCCGAGCGCCAGACCAGCCAGGACUCCGCCACCAAAGACUCGGGCAUCGAUACCUCUAGCACCUUCACCUCCAGUGAAGAUUCGAACAGAGGCGAUUGCCCUAAGUUUCCGCUGAGCUGGCAGGUGUCUGCGGAUGGCACGCGCAUGAUUGGUCAUAUGGUGCUCCGGAAGAGCGUCGUGGAAGGUAGUUCACAUUCUUCGGCGGCUAUCCUCGGCCUGAAAGUGGUUGGAGGAAAACUCCAACCAGACGGCACGAGAAUUGCAGUGGUUGAAAAGGUCAAGAAAGGAUCCAUAGCGGACCUUGAAGGACAACUUAGGAUAGGUGAUGAAGUUCUACAAUGGAACGGUGUGCCGCUUCAAGGCAGAAGCGCGGAGGAGGUGGCCGCAGUGGUAGCGGACAGUAAGCACGACCUGCACGUGGAGCUCGUGGUGUCACGACCUCUCACCGCGACGCGCACGCCUGCAGUGCCCUGGAGAACUCACAAAGAAGUGUACACGGACGUGAUGGGAGGUUGCGAAAAACCGAGUGUGUUGGUGACGUCACCGGGAUCACCAGAUGUACACUCACGACGUCGGCCCGCGCGAUAUAACCAUCACAACGCAAAUGUAGCUGGACGCAUCCAGCUCAAAAUUUACUUCGACGUAUCCGCGACACAGCUGUGUGUAACUGUAGUGUCGGCGAGUGGACUCACUCCACGGCCCGACGGCUCACCUAGAUGCCCAUACGCGAAACUGUUCCUGUUACCCGAUAAAAGCGAGAAGAGCAAACGACGAACGAAAACUUUAGCUAACACCCUAGAACCACGAUGGAAUCAAAAUUUUGUCUAUUGUGGAAUUCGAAUAACAGACAUAAAGCGGAGAACUUUAGAAGUAACCGUUUGGGACUUAAACCGCUAUGGCCCAAACGACUUUCUAGGGGAAGUCCUGCUUGAUUUAGACAAUAUCGUGAUGAACCAUGAACCUACAUGGUACACAUUGAAGCCACACGAGGAAAUGGGAAGCUUCAGCAGGUACCGUGAGGACGAGGCCGACGGCGAGCACCUGUCUCCUCCGUCGACGUCCACCUCUCGUCUCUCUGACUCGGAUACGCCGAGCGAGUGUGACCUGCGACGACAUCAUUCACUUUCAAGCCUCGCUUCCAGCUCCAGCCCGCCGCCGCCACACGAUCGAAUGGACAUGGAGGGAGCUCGAUCUAGCCGGCGCGACAUGUCCCCGGCGGGCCGGGUGAGGGCUGCGGGCAUGAACAGAGAACGCAGCGGCGGGUACGCAGUGGCGCGGUCGCAGUCGGCGGCGGGCGUGGCGCGGCCGGCGCGCGCGCGCAGCAAGUCGCCGCGCCGCUCGCUGUCGCCUCCGGCUGACCGCGACGCUUGGCGCUACACAGUGAACGAGGACCGAGGUGACGGGUCACGGUUGCCGACGCACGCGUACGCGCCACGUUUCCAGUCUCGUUCAGCCACGGCCACACCUACUACCAGCCCCAAGAAACGACAACUGCCACAAAUACCUCAUCACCAGGGCGGGCAGAGAGCGGUGCGCGCGCAGGUGUCGGCGGACCUGGAGGAACGUAAGUGGAUCGCCCCGCACCACAUUGGCGCCACACUCACCUACCGCAGCACGCCACAAGGGUGGGAAAGACAUUACGCAGGACUGUCCGACUCAGAGUUGGCAGCUCGCAGCGGCGGUGGCGCGGGCGCAGGGAGCUGGGCCCCGCGACGCCGACUGUCACCCGACAACGCGGCGCAGGACUCCGACCUCGAGUCCGUCGCUUCCGUCACCUCCAGCGCCUUCAGCACGCAGUCUGAACGACCACGGCCCACCAGGAUGCUCAGUAAUGACUAUGGUGGACGAGACAAUGGACGCGGCAAUGGUAGCAAUCAACAGCAACAACCCUUGGAGAGGCGAGAGUCACGUCGAGGUCAAUUUACUAGGAGUUUGAGCAAUGCAGAUGUGCCACCGGAUGAAAAAGCAGACGGCAGCCUAAGUGACACUGCUCUCGGCGGAGCAGGCGAACUGGAGCCUGCGAACGACGACGUUCUACUGAAAGCGGAACCUCGAGACUACUUCGGACCUGGCAUGGGCAAGAAAAGCAAUUCUACUUCACAAUUGUCGGCAACAGGUCGGAAACGGAGGUUAGGUUUCGGUAAACGUGGGAAAAAUUCGUUUACGGUGCAACGAAGCGAGGAAGUGGUGCCCGGCGAAAUGCGUGGAGGCAUGAGUGGAGUCUCUCGGGCCUCUUCAGCCUCUAGCGAGAACGACGAAGACAGAUGGUCUCCUGGUAUGAGAGGCUCUGGCUCAGAUGGAGGUGGGCUCUCCGAUUUCAUCGACGGCUUAGGGCCAGGACAACUAGUUGGCAGACAGUUACUGGGCGCGCCCACGCAGGGCGACGUCCAACUAUCCAUGUGUUACCAGAAAGGAUUUUUGGAGGUGGAGGUAAUCCGUGCUAGAGGUCUGGUAUCACAGCCAGGCAGACGGACCCUGCCUGCGCCUUACAUUAAAGUGUACCUAGUUAGCGGCAAGCGUUGUAUCGCUAAAGCUAAGACGAGCACAGCGCGCCGAACGCUCGACCCACUCUAUCAGCAGACGCUUACCUUUAGAGAAAACUUCAAAGGUUGCGUAUUACAGGUGACAGUGUGGGGUGAUUACGGGCGCAUAGAGGGUAAAAAGGUGUUCAUGGGUGUGGCGCAGAUCAUGCUGGAUGACCUAAACCUAUCUAAUAUUGUCAUAGGAUGGUACAAACUCUUUGGAACUACUUCAUUGUAACCAAGGUUCUACACUGUGUACAAGUGUCGAGUGAACCUAUAUCACAAUAAAAAUUAUAAAUUGUCCAAAUAAUAAAUUUAGUGAUACUGCUUUAAUAUCAUAAUAAAACGCAAAAUAUCUUGAAUAUAGGAAAUUUUCUAUAAAACGAAAGGUAUAAAAUAAUAUUA